AUGCAGGCCCACGACGUAGGCCGCGACCGUCGCCAUCGCGGCAUGAUCGAAGACGAGGAUGCAGCCAUCGGCAAGCUCGGAACUGAGUUCGAAGAUGCUGGUUGCCUGCUCAUCUCAGAAGUCGAGCUGGUCUUCUCACAACCUGAUGCGUUGGGGUCGGCGGGCGAAGCUGGUGCGGGGGGAAGGGACGAGGUUGCUACAGCGGUGUUCUCCAAAACGAAAGACUACGUCUCCGAGUUCUCCCGCUACAAGGACCCAAAUACCAUUCGAGAGAUUCGAGAGCUGCUGCUGAAGCACGCCAAGCUGGACGAAAGGUUGGUCGACGAACACGGCAACGAGCUCCCAGACGACGAGGCGGGCGGCCUCCAACUCACCCAGUUCGAGAUGGCCCAGUUGGCCAACCUGUGCAUUACCGAGGUGGACGAGGCCAAGGCGCUGAUCCCGACGCUGGCGACGAGGGACGAUGCGUUGUUGGAUAGCUUGCUUCAGGAGCUGGACAACAUCAGGCGGUUCUCGUGA